GCGAUAUGAUUGGGUUGGGAAGUCCGGAAACCGAGAAAGAGAAAAGAGAAAAGACAAUUGGGAAGAAAAUAUCCAGAGCAUCGUAUUUGUAGUCAAACCCAAAGGCUUUCCCUUAAACCCACCGCUCAGUUUACAGAGAAAGAGAGGGAUAGAGAACAGCUUCCAAUUUCGAUCCAUGGCCGACCAACACCACCAUGAUGAUUUAGAUGAACUCCUUGACAGCGCUUUGGAUGAUUUCCAGAAUCUCAACCUCAAUAAUCAUUCACUUCACAGAAGUAAAGAAGCUACGGAAAACAAGCAAGAAUCUCCUUCUUUGCCUUCUGGUGUUCAAGGACUUGGUUUGGGCUUGCCUGACCUCAGAACCAAGAAAAAGGGGAAGCAAAAGGUUUCCAAGGGAUCCCAUGCUUCAGAAGCGCUUAAUAAACUCAGAGAGCAAACCAGAGAAGCUGUUAAGGGACUUGAGUCGGUGACGGCUUCGAAACUAGGUGGUGAAGAUUUGGGGAAGGAUGCAAUGAUGGAGGAUUGGGUUAAACAGUUUGAAGAGCUUGCUGGGUCUCAGGACAUGGAAUCAAUCGUGGAGACCAUGAUGCAACAGCUUUUGUCGAAGGAGAUUCUUCAUGAACCCAUGAAGGAAAUUGGAGAAAGAUAUCCAAAGUGGCUGGAAGAGCAUGAAUCAAGUUUAAGCAGAGAAGAUUAUGACCGUUAUUCUCACCAGUACAAACUCAUAAAGGAUCUUAAUGAAGUCUAUGAAAAAGAUCCUGAUAAUUUCAACAAGAUUGUUGAGCUCAUGCAGAAAAUGCAAGAAUGUGGCCAACCACCAAAUGAUAUCGUUCAUGAACUAGCUCCUGAUUUUGAUCUAGCUAGUCUUGGCCAGAUAUCUCCUGAGAUGCUUGAAUCUCAGACGAAUUGUUGUAUAAUGUGAAGAAAUAUUUUCCUUCUUGUUGAUGCCCCUGGCUGUUACCCUUCAUUCCUCGAGGGUGCAAAUGUUUUUCUAUGAAAUUUGUGAAAAAUAAAGUUGUUCUUACUUGGAUUAUAGUUAUUCUUAAUAAUUUACCCAGAAAUUAGUUGUUAA